AUGGAAAUUCCAGCCGCGAUGGAUGGAAUGCUGAAAAACAGUAUGGUCCUGCACGACGAUCGGUCCUCGCGGAACAGUAACAGCAGCUCAGAUUCUCCUUCGGUGGUACACGAAAAGAUGAAAAUGCUCGACAUCACCCGGGACAAGCCGAUCAAAAUCAUCGUCCGGGUGCAGGUGCCCGUCCGCGAACAUCCCAAGUUCAACUUUGUCGGCAAGCUACUGGGCCCGAAGGGAAACUCCCUGAAGCGGCUGCAGGAGGAAACGAUGUGCAAAAUGGCAGUCCUUGGCAAGGGUUCAAUGCGGGAUCGUAAGAAGGAAGAGGAACUGCGACUCAGCGGCGACCCACGGUACACGCAUCUAUCCGAGGAUCUGCACGUCGAAAUUUCCACCUACACAGCGCCGGCCGAGGCCCACGCCCGUAUCGCCUACGCCCUGGCCGAGAUUCGACGCUUUCUGGUGCCGGAUCACCACGACGAUAUCCGGCAGGAGCAAAUGUGGGAGAUGCAGACACUCAACUCGACACAGAACGUACCGAACGGAACGAAUGGCAACUCCAACGGCCAGAACGUCAAUAGCAGCAGCAGCAGCGGCAGUAGCAAUAACGGCACAUCCAUCGGCAACGUGACACUGAACGGAACCGGUCUCGACGGUAAUUCAGAGAUGAUGCACCAUCAGAGCUGCGGAGUUGAUUCGAUCACAACGGGCUGUAGGGGAAUUCUUUCCGCUGGAACGACGCACGGAUCGGAUGGCAAUAGUAAACACUCGUCGCAGCAACAUACCAACAGCACUAAUGCUCAACAGCAUCAGCAUCAGCAGCUCCUGUCGGGAACCGCCGCCGAUAUAAGCAAUCUGAUGGCGGUCAACGUGAACAUGACGUCGGCUAAUCGUUUUGUAAACUCCCUGCCAACGACAGACAUCGAACCGCAGACACUGGCGUUCGUUGCAUCGGCUAAUGCGUUUCUUCAUCCGGUGCUGCGAGGAGUGAAAACUGUGAAUUUAGCUCGAAAGCGGCCCCUGCUGGAUGGUCCUCGUUCCAGUAUGAACCCGACGAAGCGGACCGUAAUGACGCUGAUUGCCCGCGCCCGGGCCGCUCAAGCCAUGCACGGAUCCCGAAUGGCAGCCCCCAUCGGAGAGUGA